AUGGACGAUUCGUUAAAGCCUGAAAAGGGGGAGCAGAAGGCCAAAAUGGCCUUGGCUCCAUGGCAUGAACGCCAUGACGAAGACGACAUGGCAAUGAAGGUCAGCGAGACCCUGGACACAGCGGAGACGCCACCGCUCAUCCAGACCGACUCCCUUUCCAUCGAGGUCCAAAGACAGGCACCGCCAAUGAUUGAGACGACGGAGUUGCCUGAACGAUCAAGGUCCGGCAGGUCUACUCGGUCGUCUCGCUCACCCAAGUCGCCCAAGUCCAGGUCACCCACGCGGAGACGGUACAGGGACCGCUCACUGACCCAGUUUGAGGUGAGAAUGGCAAUGCUGCGACACCACGUAGGAGAGAUCUUGAACUCCCAGAGAUUUGACUCCUUUCUGGGCCUCAUCAUCAUCUCAAACGCAGUGAACAUAGGCUUGGACUUGACGUGGCGUGCCGAAGGCAGGGACACGCACAUCUGUGGCAUGUUGGAGCACGUGUUCCUCGGCGUCUAUGUCGCCGAGCUGCUCAUGCGGCUUUUUGUGGACUGGAAACGGGCAAUGUCGGACAACUGGGUGCGCUUUGACCUGUUCCUUGUCAUCCUGGGGGUUCUGAGCCAGUGGAUCCUCGAGCCCUUCUUCGCGGAAGUUUCCGAGGUGAACACUCUUAUCCUGCUCCGUAUGGCGCGUCUGCUGAGACUGGCAAAGACAGUGCGCUACCUGAUGCGCUUUCGCGAGUUGUGGCUCCUGGUCCAGGGUUUGGCAAACUCUGCCUAUACGAUGAUAUACACCAUCCUCCUGCUCGUGGUGAUACUGUACAUCUUCGCAUGCCUCAUCCUGCAGCUCUUGUAUCAGCACCCAAUGCUACAAGAAGACGAGGACUUUGCAAGGACGGUGCGGGAAAACUUCAGCAACUUACCAUCGGCCAUGGUGACGCUCCUCCAAUUCGUCUCCUUCGACAACAUUGUUCACGUGUACAAGCCCCUUGGGGACAAGGACCCCGUGCUUCUGGCGUACUUUGUCGUGGUCAUCCUCGUGGUAGGCAUCGUCAUCAUGAAUCUGGUCACAGCGGUGAUUGUCAACUCGAGCCUCGAGCAGGCAGCGAAGGACAAGAGCUUGCUGCAGUCGAUCGAGGAGCAGAAUCGGAAGAAGGUUCUAGCCGAGCUUCGUGCCAUGUUCUUUCGCCUGGACUAUGACAACUCGGGCGAGGUCUCUAGAGAAGAGAUUGCCGCAAUCGCUCCCAGGGAGCAGCAGAUGCUGCGAGAACUCACUGGCUUCGACGAUGCUUUGGAGCUUUUCGACGCGCUGGAUCUGCAGGAAACUGGCGAGAUCGGAAUCGAGGAAUUCUGCCAAGGGCUGUGGCAAGUCGCCCUCUCCGACAGCCCACUGGAGAUUAAACGCAUGCAGAAACAGGUGGAGCACAUAAAGCACCACGUGGCGAAAUACAUGGCGGAAACUGACAACAUGAAGUCGCUUCUCCGUGAACUUCUGAAUGGCAUGCAUCGAAUGGAGUCAGGUGUGAACUCUAUGUCCUCAGUGGCUUGGGUGCCCAGCGGGCACAGUGACAAUAACCACAGCUUCAUCGCUGCACCCUUCGGAUACUCGGACUACGCGAUGACUCGUGGGCCACCUCCUGGUUGGGGCGGCGGGAUGUUCGACUCUAACAGGGAGACGCGGAGAGAUGGCACUGAGAGCGCCGACUCCUCGUCCUCUGCGCCGUCUUCUCCCACUCCGAAGAAGAAAAGAAAUUCCAUAUCGGCGAAGGCCACAGAGCUCGCACGGAAGCUGGCGCCAGAGACCUGGGGUCGAGGUUCCGCUGACUCAGGUCAGCCAGAUGAGGCUGCCCCGGCUUGGGCGAAUGAGUUGAUACGCGACGUGCAGUCAUUGCGCUCCAUUACGCAGAACGUCGUGUGCAGGGCCCUGUCAGAGCUUCAAGUCCGCCUUCCAUCAGCAAGGGUGGCGGGGGGCGUCAGCUCCAAUGCAGGCGACCACUGCAGCACCUUCGAGUCCACAAGUAGCUUGAAGGACCCGAUGCUCGAAGAGCUGGGGGCUGCUCUACCAAGUGUUCAUGCAAAAGGAGGGCGGGGCUCUCGCCGGAGCCGGCUCUCGGCCCUGAAAGCUUCGGCAUGCACGACGGCAGAUGAUGCAACGAGCAACUCAGGGAGGUUUGGCCCAGAUGCGCGUGAGUUUGCGCGCAUGAUCCGCCGCACUAAUCGGCCGGUUGAGUGGAGACCGAGCAACACAGCGGAUCUGGAAGAGAUCGACCCAGGUCGGCAUGACGGCGAGUGA